UUUUUUUUUUUUUUUUUUUUUAGGUUUCUUGCCUGAUUUUCCAUGAUAACAUUAGGCUUUAUUACUAUCGAAUCCCUUUGAGCUUAACGCCAUUUUAUAUCCAGUCAUACAGUACAUUGACUAUCCUUUUUUUAUUCAGGAUAUUUUCAUUCGUGUGAAUGAUAAGGCAUUGAUGGGGUCGCGUUGAGGAGGUGAAGUGGAUGCGGCUAACCAAUAGGUUUCGGGUUUUUUGCUAUGAAAAAAUUCGGGCUUUGUGACGUGUGAUUUUUUCCAUGAGAAGGGCGCAGGAGCCCGUUCACUUUGCCGCUUCCACAAAAAGAAAAAGAAAUAACCUCUGGACGUAGCCAUUCCAGUGCAUUUGACACACCAUCAUGUUGUUCUAUUCCUUCUUUAAAACGCUAGUCGAUCAGAAAGUCACCGUUGAACUGAAGAAUGAUCUUGCCAUCACCGGCAUUCUGAAAUCAGUCGAUCAGUAUCUAAAUAUCAAAUUGGAUGAUAUCAGCGUUGUUGACGAAGAACGAUAUCCUCACAUGAUCUCUGUAAAGAACUGCUUCAUUCGUGGAUCCGUGGUACGCUAUGUUCAGUUGCCUUCACAAGCAGUCGAUACCGCAUUGCUACAAGAUGCUGCCAGACGCGAAGCAGCGCAACCCUCCACACAACAAGCCAACGUACGAGUCAAAUAGUCAUAGACACAUCCAUAACAUUACUACGAUGCGAAAAUAAAAGAAAAAAAAACGCGAGCU